CCGCGGCCAGAAUGGAGCGCCGAGUGGGGCAGGGCCCGGGGUAUGUCUUUCUGCAAAGAAGUAGAGUUGACUUGGCUGCGCUCUAGGGGUAGACGCCUGAAUGCCAAAAGUGUUUAAGGGAGUGUCUCCUCCGAGGGGCUGGAAGAACAGGCUCUAGACCUGCUUGUGUUUCACACUGCACUCCCAGGCAAUCCAUUUCAGCCAGCAUGGCCGGGGCAAUAGGUUCGCUGGGUCUCGCCUCUCCAGUCCCCUGCGCUUCCGGUCCACACCCUUUUGAAGCCGCUGCGUGUAAGCCUUUAUAAGUCGGCUUUCAGCCCCGAGGUGAUUCAUCUGCGCAGCUCCCCAUCCAUCAAGUCACUAGUCUUCCGCGCUCCCGGUCCCCAAUGGCAGCGGCCGCCAGCUCCGCGUUGCGGCAGUGCCUCCCGCUUCUGCUCCUGUUCCAGCUGUCAGGCUCGUCCUGGGCAGAGACGGCCGCCCAGCUGGUCGCUCCAGAGGUCUCCGCAUCCAUGAAGGGGCCCUCGCCACCUCCUACACCACGUGGCACCUUCUGCCUCCUGCCUGAGAACACACCCCAGCAAACACAGCCCAAGCUCCCCACAGAACCUGUGCAGGGGGAUGAGAAGCGCCAUUUCCUCCAGGAUGACCCUGGGAACUCUGACCCUCACUCUCUUUGCUAUGAUGUGACCAUCACCCCUAAGUUCAGACCUGGACCACGGUGGUGUGCGGUUCAAGGCCAGUUGGAUCAAAAGACUUUUCUUCACUAUGACUGUGGCAACAAGACAGUCACACCAGUCAGUCUCCUGGGGAAGAAAAUAAAUGUCACAAAGUCCUGGAAAGAACAGAACCCAGUCCUGAGAGAGCUGGUGGACAUGCUCACCGAGCAACUGCUUGGCAUUCAGUUGCAGAAUUACACACCCAGAGAACCCCUCACCCUGCAGGCCAGGAUGUCUUGUGAGCAGAAAGCCGAAGGACACAGCAGUGGAUCUUGGCAGUUCAGCUUCGAUGGACAGAUCUUCCUCCUCUUUGACUCAGAGAACAGAAUGUGGACAACGGUUCAUCCUGGAGCCAGAAAGAUGAAAGAAAAGUGGGAGAAUGACAAGGAUAUGACCAUGUCCUUCCAUUACUUCUCAAUGGGUGACUGUACAAGAUGGCUUGAGGACUUCCUAAUGGGCAUGGACAGAACCCUGGAGUCAAGCACAGGAGCACCACCCACCAUGGCCCCAGGCACUGCCCAACCCAAAGCCAUGGCCACCACCCUCAGUUCCUGGAGCCUCUUCAUCAUCCUCCUCUGCUUCAUCCUACCUGGCAUCUGAGGAGAGUCCACUGUGAAGGGAGGAGAAACUGGAACAGGCUUCCUGAAGGACAGGGUGAUGGGGCUCCAUCAAGAGUCAAAAGUAUCAAAGUCUGGUUAAGAAUAUGUAUUGAAAUGGCAUAAAGACUCCCCG